AACAGGAAAAGGAUGUUAGCAAAUGGAUGAAUUUUGUUUUCUUAAUAAAUCAACCUUAUUCUAUGCAUAUUUUGGCGAAAUUUCAUUAUCUGCAAGAAAAUAAAAUAUCACUGGAUUAAAUUCUAGUAGAUGAGUCAAAGAAGAUGUGAAAUUUAAACAUGGGUUGACACAGUGAAACGAGUAUGGCCGAACAAAGUCACCCACAGCUGACAAGAGGAGUAGCAGUAAAAAGGCAGUAGAGGAGACCCACCAUGACCGAGGCGGGGUCAUCAAAGGGCCCACUUUACGGAGCAGUGGAUGACCUCUCCCUCCCCUUACCCCCCUCUCCGCUAGCCAAUCAGUCGUUUGAAUACAGACAUGUGAGAGAGAGAAGCAGUAGCGAAUCUGAUCUGGCCGCAGAGUCACCAGGAUUGCUGUCGUAUCUUGCCGUGGAUAAAAAUGUCCUUAACCUUGCCAAGGCAACAAGUGUCAAGGUCAGCUGGGACAUCAAGGAAGAGAUCGGAGCAGAUGAUUGGAUAGGGCUGUAUCAGUCAGGAGAGACUAAUCCUUCAAAGUUUCUUGACAUGAAGAACCGCGGGGGUAAUGGUGGCCAGACAGGAGAUCUACAGUGGGACCUGUCCGACAUCACAUACAACUUUACAGCAGGUGAAACCAAGAUUUGCUUCAAGUAUUACCUGGGCAGUAACCAAGAUCUGGUGGCCACUAGUCCCUCCGUCAAAGUCGUCAAACCCGCCACUCCUAAGGAGGAGGCAGUGAAGAAUGGAAUCACAAGCAGAGAUAUAAAUAGAAAAAUAAAACUGAAGAUAAUGGACAUUGAAGCUGUAAAUCUGAAGAAAGGAAUGUUCUUUAACCCUGACCCUUACGUGAAGAUGACGGUACUUCCCGGGAAAAUGUGUCCUAAGAUGAGUCACCACCUGAGGGAGAUACGCACCGGUGUCUGUAAUUCUACAACUAACCCCGUAUGGCGGGGACAGUCAUUUUCCUUCGAGUCGGUUCCCACGGAUGUUCUGGAUUUUGAAAUCAAGGAUAAGUUUUCCAAGAGUCGGCCCUCCAUUAACCGAUUCCUAGGAAAGGCCACACUUUCAGUUCAGAGGGUCAUCGAUAAAACAGAAAGAGAACCUACAGAAUUCUGUCUGGACCUGACAAAGAGGAAUCCCACGGAUAACGUUAGCGGGACACUCAAAUUUGGUGCUGACGUAAUAGACCUGGAGUUUAGACCAGGAUUACAAGAAUCAAAUAAGCAAAGUGGAGGUAUUGAAAAUCCUGAGUCGGUGUCACAAAAUGGCUCUGUGUCAAAGGAUGAUUCAGUAGACGACCAAGAGGAUUCUGGGAUAUCCUUAACACAGUUAUUAAGGGACCGUAUCAGCGGUGAAAUUGAGGAUGAUGUAAAUGAAGUGGAAUGUGAUAAUGUUCCCGUUAGUAGUGAGGUUACCAAUUUACCGUCAAUACCAGACAUAGUGUGUAAUUUUUCUGAGAAUACGGAGGAAACUCGAACAGAAGAAUCAAAUCAGGGUGAAAUAUGUGAUAUUAGUUCAGGAUUAUCGUCUGCUGUGCCGUCAAGUGGAGACAAUUCAAGCGGUUCCGAUGUGUCGCCUCAGACUGUGAAUACAAACGGUGCUGAUCCACUCGAGUUUUUAAAUUGUGCCAAAAACAAGCAGAAGGAAACUCCUGAAGUGUUAGAUAACUCUCUAGAUAGUGAGGUAAAUUUAGUCAUGAAUGACAUACCCCCCAAACCACCUGUGCUCCCACCCCGGACCUAUAAGGCUCCCCCACUACCCCCUAGGUACAAGAUGUCAGAUGCCCCUCCCCUACCCCCUCGGACACCUGAGAGAGGGGAAAGGCCUAUAUUUCCUGCUAGUGGAGUAGGAACUGUUCAAAUUUCACCUGACACUGUGCCAGAAUGUAGGUCAGAGCCCCCCACCCCUAGACCCACUAGCACAGAGGCAUUGAGGUCUUGUAAUAGUCUGGAACCUCCUCCUUUACCACCCCGUACGUACAGUCCAAUCACGGUCUCUCAAACUAGUCCUCAACAGCAGGCUGUCGAACAAGAGGAGGGGGAGGGAACCAGUUCAAACAGCUUGGAGAGUUCAGGAGAUUCCCAGGAAUGUGCAGAGGAACAAGGGACCUCGGAAUCAGCAAUGCCAUCUGGUGUCCAGGAGGCAGAAAUCUCAUCCCCAUCGUCGGAAACAGCUGACGAGGUGGACAGUCCACGGAGGUCACGACCCCGUGCCCAGAGGUCGGAAUCCAAAGUGCAUAAUAAACCUAGAAGUGUUGUGACUAAGUUACCGGCCAGACAUCUGUCGAACAAUAGCAAUUUGAUUUCGCAUGUGUCCAUGAUUGGUGGCCCUGAUUCAGCUGGGUCACCUGAGAGACACAGAAAUUCAUGUGCGGUGAGUAGAUCUGUGGAGUGUAGCCCGAGAACUAGUCCGAGUCCAUCUAUGCAAACUUCAUACAGUGAUUCAGUGGCCGAACAAAGGAAAUAUGCAAGUCGUCACAGUAUAGCUGCACCAACAGAAAGAAACUUUAGGAAUAACGAGACAUUUGUUACUACCCCCGUAAGGGCCCCUUUGGAUAGAUCUGCCAGUUCAAUUUCCGACUCUGGAACCCCGCCACGCAUAAUUCCUAGAAACGCCCUCAGUCGCGUUUUAAGCGAUGAGGAAAAACAACAAAACCGUGAACAAAUCGUUCAGCAACUACAACUAUGGACCCAAAAACAAAAAGAAAAAUCUAAACCCGAUUCUGAGGAGGACUCCGGUGCUGUGUUAUCUACCGAUAGUGAAAACCAGACGAGCAGUGAUAAACCAGAUAAACCGACUACUUCAACAUCUAAUGCCACACCUAGCAAUUCGCCAAGGCCGCAGACAGGGGCGGCGAAGUCUUCGAGUGCCAAAUCUGGAGCCGGGAAAUCUGACUCGCGUUCCACAGUUUGGCAGCUCAGGCAAUCUACCAAUAAAACAGAACCUAAACAGCCAACCACCAACAAAGAGGGCAGCCAGUCACCACUACCAAAACUGCCUGCCAGGAAAAGGUACCACCGAGUGGACCCACCCCCAGGGGAUCAGCCCCUCCCUCCAGGUUGGGAGGCCCGCGUGGACAGCCACGGCAGAAUCUUCUACAUUGACCACACCAACAGGACCACCACGUGGCAGAAACCACAGAGUGGUCAGCGAACCAUACAGCGACGGCCGACCAUCAGCUCUGAACAGAGACAGCAACUGGACAGGAGAUACCAGAGUAUCCGUCGAACAAUCAACCAGCCUCGUUCUGAACAGGACACUCCCACUGAGAGUACUUCCUCAG